GUCCACAAUGAAGAUGCUAUGGCGCUCCAAUUCUCGCAUUUGAAUGGUUUGGUCCAACACAUCACCGACCGCAUCGUUGGGUAUUACAAUCCGGGGCCCUUCGAGCAUUGUUUUAAGCGCAGAGAGAAAUGUGCAUGGGUCAAGCUGGCAUUGCAGAAGCAUGAACAGCUUCUGCAAGGGCGUCUGAAGCAACUCCAGAAAGCCACCGGUCACCAUUCCAUAUUGACCGCUCCGGGCUUCGGUCGCCUGAGUUCUGUGCAAAGGGCUGAGAUUCUCCGGCAGGAGGUGAGGAAGAGGACUCAGGCACGUCUCCGCCUGAUGACUUCCCAGGACAAGCCCAUCCUGAUCGACUCGCACGGCCAGGUGGUGCCCCAUGACGGGUUGGAAGAGAAGGAAAAACAGGAGUUCUACCAGCGCCUUUUGCACGAACAUGCGGUUGUUGCCGAUGCGGAGGCAUCGUUGUCUGGUGACUCCAGUGACGAAGAGCAGAGAGUCGCCGAGUCCAAGGAAGCCGAGGAAGCCGAGGAAGCCCAGAGACCGGCCGCGCGCGAAAAGAAGAAGGCAAAAGCCAUAGCAGAGCAGGUGAUUCUGGCGAGUGACUCCGAAGAGGCCACGGCCAAGAAUAUGGCGUCCCAUCCGAAGAAAAAGGUGGCAGCGCCGUUGAAAAAUCAAAACCCGAAGCAGGUGGAGGACGACCCAGGCGCAAAUUACCACGACGCAGAGGAUGUGACCGAGCGGCGACGUCUUUUUCUAGCGAUGAUCUGGAUGGCUUUGAGCUCCAGUGGCCAAGCAGUCCUUCUCGGAGAUGUCAUCCUAGCUGCCUUCCAAGGGCCUUUGAAGCCAUGGAUUGAGAAGUACGAGCAUUUGGAAUUUCUCAAGAGGUCCAUCCGGCUUCCACCCUUGAACCAGGACACAUUGUAUGAGCAACUGAAAGCGCGAUGUGGCCGGUUGAUUCGUUGUAGAUAUCGUUUUCUUUCCCAGCACCCAGAAAUGUUCCUGCAUCGCUUUGCUGGAUUGCUUGAAGACGAACGGUCCGUGAUGGAAUGGGCUCGAAUGUGCUGCCGAAGUCGUCACCUGGCGGGAUACUGGCAGCGUAUGAUCAUGAGUAUUGAACAAUUCUAUGGCCUCUGUGCGAAGGUCAAAGGAGUUUCCGAUAAAUACAAGGAAGGAUCGGAGUGGUGCCCAGCAUCCAAAGCCUUCUUCUGCGUCCUGGCAGGCAUGCGGCUCAAAAAGAUGCAAGCGGAUGAGGAGGCGAAGGUUCAAGACAUGCUCGACAAGCAGAGUUGGGAGAAAGCUCAGAAAGAGGGUGAGAAAGAUCAGGAAGAGGGCAAGGACAAGGUUGAAGUUCCUGAAGGCGGAAGGCUUUGGACUGCCAAGGGUCUCAAGAGUAUCCCAGCUUUGUACGAAAAGAAGGCCGUGAAAAAAGCAAAAAGCAAGCCACAAUACACUGACCGAGUACAGCUCAGAACCACAACCAACCUCAAAAAUCGGCAAAGGGAGCGCUCUCGUUCCCGCGGUGCUGGCAGGGAUGACGCAAAAGAUAUCGGCAAGAAAGGCCAGAAAGAACAAAAUGAUGAACGUCAGGGAAAAGAAGAUGAACAAACACGUCACAUGAAAUAUAUGGCCCGAUUGGCUCGGCUUGCCUUAGAGAUGACCGAAACCUUGAUGGGCAAAAAAUGUCGUGACACUGCGGUGCAAUUUACUCUUCAUGCCGACCUCUUAGCAACAGAAAUCUACAGAGGGACAGGUCGAAAGCGACCACAAAUCUUACGUGGGCCGCUAGUUGCGGCUUUAGAUGCUGCUAAUUGACGAAAUUGCUGUGGCUCAAAAAAGAUACCUAUGGACCAUCGUGGGCCCACUCACAAAAUUGUAUUGUUUUUGAAUUUAACGAUGCAAUCAUUCUGAGCCAUACGCGAAGUCAGGACAACGACGCCAGGGGGAGAGAAAA